CUUGAGUGCAGCUGCUCGGCCAUGAAAACCCAUUCCAUGAAGCUCUCUAUGCAAUGUUGUUGUGCUAAUUUGAAGGUAAUGGGAAGUUUGGAGGUCUUUAGCUGUUGACUCUACAGACAGUUGGUGACUUUUGCACAUUGUGCACUUCAGCAUGCCCGGACCCCGCUCUGUCAUUUUACGUGGCCUACCACUUUGUGGCCAAGUUGCUGAUUUUCCCAGUUGCUUCCACUUUGUAAUAAUACCACUAACAGAUGACCGUGGAAUAUUUGGUAGCAAGGAAAUUUCACAGAUGGACUUAUUGCACAGUCUUUCACAAAUGUUUGUAGAAGCAGUCUGC